AUGGAAUCUCAAACAGUAAUCACUGCAGCUGGUGCUGCAACAAUCAGUAAAGUUUUAUACACCGGAAAAGUACUUGUUACCGGAGGUCGUGAAGGAGCAGCAAAGAGCUCAGAUGGCCGUUUGGAAAUCAGCCUUUCCAGUCCGGGAACCUCAGGUAUAGGUACCAACCCCGAGCAGUUGUUUGCUGCAGGAUGGUCUGCCUGUUUCAUCGGGGCAAUGAAGCUCAAUGCUUCCAGGUUACAAAUAUCACUACCUGUGGAAACCUCGGUGAAUGCAGAGGUAGAUCUGGCAAGUGGCGACGAAGGUUAUGCCCUUCAGGCAAGGCUAGAGGUCAAUCUGCCUGGACUCACAGCAGAACAAGCCAGAACAGUUGUUGAAGCCGCUCAUCAAACCUGCCCCUAUUCAAAAGCCACACGUGGAAAUAUUGGUGUAGCGAUCAGUGUUACGAUUUAA